AUAAAAGUUUUUGCUAUGCACGAAUUUCAAAGAAAAUCAAAUCAUAAAAAUCUGUUUCUUCAUAUCAAAACUUUCAUACAUAAAUUUGGAAAAUAGGAAUUGAGACGCAAAGGAGUCACAAUUCAUUGCAUUGCAUAGAAAGGCUAACACUCAACUGCAUGGCCAUGGGGGCCCAAAAUGUCAGUUCCCAAAAUCUAUAGACCAUUUUGAACCAUUCUCUAUUCCUAUUGGCUUACGUAUUCAGCAAAAAAAGAAUCUUUUUUUUAACUAUAAAUCUGAACAUAGAGAUCCUUUUGAUCAAUCAAAUUAUUGGUAUAGUGAUGGCAUCAUGGAAUUCAAUUCCUCUGGAAGUUCUAUACGAUACUUUGGGAUGGAUUGCUUUUUUCUCUUGGUCUAUUAGCUUUUACCCUCAAGUUAUCUUGAAUUUCAAACGCAAAAGCGUGGUGGGGUUGAAUUUUGAUUUUGUGGUGUUGAAUUUGACGAAACACUCAUCUUAUCUCAUCUAUAAUGCUUCCAUGUUCUUUAGUUCUGUUGUUCAGAAGCAGUACCGUGAGAAAUAUGGUCUUCAUGAGAUGAUACCUGUGGCUGCCAAUGACGUUGCUUUCUCAACCCAUGCUGUUCUAUUGACAGCAUUUACCCUAUUUCAGAUUGUUAUUUAUGAUCGUGGAAAUCAGAAGGUCUCAAAGACUUCUAUUGGGAUCGUGUGUGUUGCUUGGUUAACUGUUGCAGUUUGUGUGUUCGUAGCUCUCCCCAGCCACUCCUGGCUUUGGCUGAUCUCCUGCUUCAACACGUUACAGGUUGUCAUGACAGUUAUUAAGUACAUUCCUCAGGCUAUUAUGAACUUUCAGCGGAAGAGCACUAUUGGAUUUAGUAUCGGCAACAUUUUGCUGGACUUGCUUGGUGGUGUUACAAAUUAUGGCCAGAUGGCAGUGCAAUCCAUAGAUCAGAAUUCAUGGGUGAACUUUUAUGGAAACAUUGGCAAGACUUUAUUGUCAUUGGUGUCAAUAUUCUUUGACCUUCUCUUCAUUUUGCAACAUUAUGUGAUCUAUCCUGCUUGGAAGAUUGGGACUUCUCGAGAUGUUGAUGUGAUAGGCAAGAAGCCGUUACUUAAAACUUCUGAUGACGAAAACAAGGAAGAUGUAUAAUGGCAUCAUUCAUUGGAAAAUGUGUCUCUACUGUAAAAUAGCAAAUGUAUAUUUUGAUUAUGUACUCAGUAAUUCUAAAGUAGAUGCGCCUAAAUGGAACAACAUGGCAGUAAGGAUUCUCAUAACCAACGAGAACGAAGCAUAGAUGUUGUGCACAGUUACUCUGAAUUAAAUACAGAUACAUUAUUAAAGAA